AUGGCUAUAGACGAAGACGCAAACACGACGACGCGUCUGCUGACGCUGCUGAACGUCUCCGCUACGAAGGCGAACAAGCGCAAGCGCACCUUCGAAGAAAGCAAGCCCUCAGAGAAGCUUAACAAGAAACGCACGGUGCAAAUUGCCGCUCCCACGGAAACGCUUGACGAGCCUCUGAAGAAGGCGGGCGAGGACGCGCCGGUUGAGACAGAACAGGAGGAGGGUGUUCCCGGUGGCGAGGAGGCAGAUGACCCCAGUGCGUACGGUGGCGCGGACCCAUAUGAAGCGCACUUUGGGCUCCAGCCAAAGGCACUGACCGAGAGCGCACGGGAGGCUGUGGACGCGCGGACGUGGAAGUCCCAGCGAGGGAAGCUGGGGAAGCUUGGCGGUGUGGUCGAAGCCGUGCCGGAGGGCGCGGAAUCCUCCACUGCAGCCUCAUCAAAACACCAGAUCCAAGAAAAGCUGAAGGCACCACUGGAAGCGAGACAAGCAAAACUUCCUCGGGAAAUUGUCGAGUUGCAAAAUGAUCUAUUGAACACCAUGGCGUCGUAUCGCGACCUCUACAUUACGCGCACGGCGUUGGAGACCCAAUCUACUGUUCGCGAGGCGCUCACUCUCCAUGCACUCAAUCACAUCACCAAAAAACGCCGACGCAUCCUCAAGAACAAUGAACGCAUCGCACACGCCUCCAAGGCUCACAACCCGCCUCCCGAAGACGUACAGGACCAAGGCUUCACUCGCCCGUCUGUGCUCAUCCUGGUCCCCUUCCGCUCCUUCGCACAACGCUGGGUCUCUGCCCUCACCGCACAUACGCCGUCGCCGGAGUACCAGGUCGAGAACCACUCGCGUUUCCAGUCCGAGUACGGGCUACCGCCUGGCUCCAUUGACAAGCUCGCCAAUGCGGAGCCCGGGACGUACCCGAGAGACCAUGUGGAGAUGUUCAAGGGUAACGUCGACGACAGCUUCCGGCUGGGCGUGAAAAUGACGCGGAAGAGCGUCAAGUUGUUCGCGGAGUUCUACGGGUGCGAUUUGAUCAUUGCGAGUCCGCUGGGACUGAGGAUGUCGAUCGAGAAGGAAAAGAACGCAGACUUCCUCUCGUCCAUCGAAGUCCUCGCCGUUGACCAGAUGGAUGCGCUCACAAUGCAAAACUGGGACCACGUACAGUUCAUAUUCAGCCAUUUGAACCAGCUGCCGAAGGAGUCGCACGACGUAGACUUCUCUCGUAUCAAGCCGUGGUACUUAGACGGACACUCAGCGUAUCUCCGCCAGACCGUCCUUUUGUCCGCUUAUGAGACACCGGAGACUCGUGCAUUGUUCAACCAGUCUCUCAAGAACGUCGCUGGAAGGAUACGCACCGAACGUAGAUGGUCGCCCAUCGAAGUGCCAGAAGGCAUCGACCAGCAAUUCGUCCAAUUUGACUGCAGCAAUCCCAAGGACGAGCCUGAGAAACGUUUCCAGUACUUCACUACCCAGCUACUGCCUGGUAUCUUGAAGUCAGCCGUUCAGAGCUCGAACACGGUCGUAUUCGUGCCUUCUUCGCUGGACUUCAUCCGAGUGCACAAUCACUUCAGGAAGAACGUUGGCGUUUCUUUCACAGUACUAUCGGAAUAUUCGUCGAACCAGGACAUAUCUCGAGCGCGCCAGGCAUUCUUCUUGGGCAAGAACGCUUUCCUGCUGGUCAGCGAGCGCUUCCACUUCUUCCGGAGGUACAAAAUCAGAGGCAUCCGGAACCUCGUCUUCUACGGGCCUCCUGAUCACCCUCAAUUCUACACAGAGCUCCUUUCAUACCCCUUCCUCGACGACGGGGUGGACGCGUCGGACGUCACGUGUCGCGUCCUGUACUCGAAGUACGACUGGCUUAGGUUGGAGAGGAUUGCGGGAACGGAGGGCGCCGCAGAGUUGAUCAAAAGAGGGUCAUAGUUUGCAUAUCAUGUCAGUACCAUAUUGCAUCUACUCCUUGAG